AGUCGCAGUUGCAGAGAGAGCUGGGAAGCGGUCAAGCAGGCAAGAAUCAGUUGGAGGCUUGGAGAGCUUAGCCGGAUCGUUUUUUUGAGUUGGAUGGCGGGCGGGAGCGCGAGCAAGGUGCGGGAGUGGAUGCGGAAGUUCAUGGCGCCGAGGACGAGGAAGGCGGCCGGGAGCCGCGGCGACGGCGGUAGCAGCGGCGACUGGAUGCGGAAGUGCAUGGCGCCGAGGAAGACGAAGGCGUCCGGGAGCGGCGGCGACGGCGGUAGCAGCGGGUCCGCGCCGUCGUCGCCGGGGCGGAAGCUCCUGGCGGGCGCGGCCCCGUCGGCGCGGCGGUGGAGGAAGCCCCGCCGCGGGAACGCGCUGGCGGCGCUGUUCCGGUGGGCGUCGUACCACCUGCUGUGGCUGGUGGAGUCCGUCGUGGUGGUGGCGCAGCUGGUGUUCUUCUUCGUGCGCUUCGGGUUCAGGGUCUGAAAAAGCUCUGCCUGACUCGCGCCGUGCCGGGAUUUUGGGGGGCGCCGACGGAUCCAGCGAUUCUUUCAUUUUUUUCUUCUGUCUUCUCGUUUGUUUUUCUGCUCGCCAUUUCUCGGUUUCCAUCACCACAAGCUGUAGAUAACUUGUUCUUGUGUUUCGGAGAAUGUGUAAAUUGCUCCUGUAAUUGUCUUCACAAGGGACUACUGUUUUUUUCCCCGAUUCAAUUGAGAAUGUCCUUGCUCAUACUA